AUGGGCAAAUGCAAUCUGAGCAUUACGGCUUAUAUGUUUCGGAGUCAGUUCAAGUUAAGCAAGGCUCAGCUGGCUGGCCUGGAACGACUAUGCUUGUUUGUUGUGAGAGUCUACAUCCAUUCCUGGUUUACCUCCCAAGUGCCAGCAUGGGCUCCGGCCAACACCUUGCAAUUUGUGCGAGCGAUAACGUCGUAUGAAGAUGAGAAGAUCAGCGAAACUGCGGGGGCGGCCAUAGGGCGGCAUCUGUGGUACAUCAGUGAACUUCUCGUAAUGAUGGCGCUGUUUGACGAGCGACUUCCGAACGCAGAGAAGGCUGCUAUGGCGAGGGCUGUCAAUCCUGGGAACGGCUGGCCGUUACCACGGGUGCCUCUAACCCGCGGGCUGACCAUCAAGGACGUAGGACAGCGGCGUCUAGCGGACUUCGUGACAACAGAAUCCCUGGGAUUCUUUGACAUCACGGGGAUUCGCCGUGACUUCCUCGCCAAAGACCCUCAGGACUGGCCAACGGACGAGUCGUGGACCGAAGGCAAGAAGCUUGUGGACGGCCUACGCGUGGUUAAUGACUGUGCUGAACGGGGAGUUGCUCUUAUAAAAGACUACAUCACGAACCCUCUCACAAGAGACGAAGAGCAGCUCCAGCUUCUUCUGAAGGUGGUGAAAGACCACAGAGAGAGGCUGCCUACUUUAAAUAGGAAACAUGAGAUUCUAAAUCUGUAA